AUGUGUAUUGGUACCAAUAAAACGAAUAAGGAAAUUAAUGAAAUAUUAGCUUAUCAAUCUGCUAGAUGGAUAUCCCCUCCUAAAGCUAUGUGUAGGAUUUUCUCUUUCAAUUUGUGUGAAAUACAUCCACCUGUUUAUUCUUUACAACUUCACAUUGAAGAUAAUCAACAAAUUACAUAUAAUGAUCAUGAUGAUUUAUCUACUAUUCUUUGGAAUGAAAAUACGAAAAGAACUAUGUUGACUGAAUUUUUUUACAUGAAUGAAAUAAAUGAAUUUGCUAGAACAUUAGGACCAACAUCAUUUAAUGAUUUACGAACUGUCAAUGGGCUAACUGUUGCUACCUAUCGAAAAGCAGCACUUCUACAUGCUUUAUUAAGUGGAGACAAUCAUUGUGAAGAAUAUUUAUCUGAAGCUAUUCUGUAUGAAAUGCCUACUUCUUUAAGACGUCUAUUCACUACAUUGCUUACUCUUUCUAACGCUAAUAAUCCGAAGUUGUUGUGGGACAAAUUUAGGAUUUGUAUGAUUGAUGAUUAUGUACAUGAAAAUAUAUCUGUGGAGGCAGCUGAAGUGCGUGCUUUAGAGGACACCAUUUCUAUUUUAGAAACGUUGGGUAAAAAUAUAAAUGACUAUGGAAUGGUGUCAUUCAAUGUGAGUAUAGAUGAAAAUGAAAGGUUGAAGAGAAUGAUUGAAUAUGAGACAAUUCACUUCGAUGUCGAAGAGGACAUUGCUUCUACAUCAAGAUUAAAUAAAGAACAACAAUUUGCAUAUGAUAUGAUUAUGGAAAGAGUAAAAUCAAAAUCAAGUGGUGCUUUCUUCAUUGACGAUCCAUCAUCAUCUGGAGUAUCUGCAUCUUUAUUACCUGGAGGUCGAACUGCUCAUUCAAGAUUUAAAAUUCCUUUAGAAAUAGGUGGUGAAAUCAGUUGUUAUGUUAGCAAGCAAUCAGCUUUAAGAAAUUUGUUGAAAAUAUCUAGGUUAAUCAUUUGGGAUGAAGCACCUAUGAUACAUCGUUGUGCUAUAGAAACUGUAGACAAAAUGCUUAGAGAUAUUACUAAUUGUAAUUUACUCUUUGGUGGAAAAGUGAUAGUGCUCGGGGGAGAUUUUCGACAAGUUCUACCAGUUGUACCAAAAGGAAAAAAGGAAGACAUUAUGAAAGCUAUCUUAGUUUACUCUUACCUAUGGCCUUUGUAUUUCCAUCUAUCAGUAGUCAAAAAUAUGAGGGCAAAGUUUGAUCCCACAUUUUGUCAUUACUUGUUAAGAAUUGGAGAUGGAACCGAACAAGAACAUACUUGUAGAUGUAUCAAACUUCCAGACAAUAUAGUUUUACCACUUGAGGAAGAAAUUACAUCUUUGAAAGAAUUAAUACAUCAUGUUUUUCCGAAUAUAGAAGCAUAUGCUGAUAAUCUAGAUACGAUGGCAAAUCGAGUGAUUCUUACGCCUACGAAUGAAUGUGUUGAUCAUAUUAACAGAAUUCUACUCGAACAAAUUCCUGGUCAACUUUAUACGUAUUAUAGUUUUGAUGAAGCAAUUGACAAAUCGAAACAGAGUGUACAGAAAGAUUUUUUAAAUAGUUUGACUUCAAAUGACAGUCCACCACAUGAAUUGAAACUUAAAGUAAACUGUCCUGUGAUGUUAUUACGAAAUAUCAAUCCUUCUGAAGGGUUAUGUAAUAGGACACGCCUUACUUGUCGCAAAUUUGAAAAGAACGUAAUUCUUGCUGAAAUUAUAUCUGGCGAAUAUUGUGGAAAGUGA